UGGUUUAGCGGUACGGACAAUAUCAAUGGUAACUUGUAUUGUUCGACGUCUUCCCAAGACAGUAGCAACUUUAGGGUUUCCAACUACGAGAAAGUCGUUUUUAUAGUUUUCUCCAGCGGUUUUGCUAUUUUCAUUAAGCGACAAACUUUGGUCGGUAGUCAUACCAUCAUAUACAGAUGAAUUAGAGGACAUUGGUCAACAUUGCGUCGAAAGAAGCGAUCUGUUAAACGCCAGUGUUGGUGUGCUGAGUGGAGACUCACCUCUCCCCCUGGGCCGGGCUGGAGAUGGGGGAUCCGAAGCCUCCAGAGUUUGGGUCCCUGGAGGAAGAGCUGGGUUACUGGAAGGAGCAGGCUGCCACCCACCAACAGAGUGCGGAGGAAGCCCAGGAGGAACUGCAGGAGUUCCAGCAGAUGAGUCGGGACUACGAGGGUGAGCUGGAGACGGAGCUCAAACAGUGUGAGGAUCGAAACCGUGAGCUGCUCUCCGCCAACAACCGCCUCCGCAUGGAGCUGGAAAACUACAAGGAGAAGUAUGAGACGCAGCACUCGGAGGCCUACAGGCAGAUCUCCACCCUGGAGGGGGAUCUGGCUGAGACCACCGCCGUCAGAGACCAGCUCCACAAAUACAUCAGAGAGCUGGAGCAGGCCAACGAUGACCUGGAGAGAACCAAGAGGGCGACCAUCAUGUCGCUGGAUGACUUUGAGCAGAGGAUGAACCAUGUCAUCGAGAGGAACGCCUUCCUGGAGAGCGAGCUGGACGAGAAGGAAAACCUCUUGGAGUCCUUCCAGAGGCUGAAGGACGAGGCCAGAGACCUGAGGCAAGAGCUUGCAGUGCAGCAGAAGCAGGACAGGAGGCCAUCUCUCAGCAAUGGAAUCAAAGACCCUUCCUCUUCUUCCUCCUCUUCCUCCUCCACCACGGCGGGUCUGCCCACCCCGCCCCUCACCCCCCCGGACAAACGAGCCGAGGACAAAACCACGUCCUCCACCCAGCCCUCCCCCUCGGCCACCACUCCGUCCAGACCUCCAGCCUCAGUGGAGAGCUUCAGCACCUCCCCGCCCUCCGUCAGCAGAGGUGAAAGCCUCUCAGCGACUCCUCUCCCCUCGUCUGCGAGGAUCUCGGCUCUGAGCAUCGUCGGAGAGCUCCUGAGGAAAGUCGGGAACCUGGAGUCCAAACUGGCGUCGUGUCGCAGGGGCCCCGAUGGGGGUCCGGGGGCCACGCCCAGCCAGAACAGCUCCUCAGAGAGCCAUCCUGCCAACGGCCUCUACAACAAGGGGCUGGUGAAGAGGUUAGACUUCGGAGCGGGACCCAAGCUGCUGCUGUGAAACGUCUCUCCUUCCACCCUCAGCCCCCCCCCCCUGUCCAUCCUGGAUUUAACGGUACUGUGUUGCACGUCGUACAGACACUGGGAUCAGCUGAUGUAAACCAAUGAAUGUUUCUCUGGAUACUUUGGAUACUGUCACUGGCUCAAGUUAUCACUGACUCUGUUUGUCAGCAGCGCUUCCUUCAGCACUCGCACUUAGCUUGAACUAUUUGAACGGACUUGUGCUGCAUGUCACCCCAUCACUGUGUUUUUGUAUUUGUGUGUCAAGACUGAACUCAAAGCAUAUUUUAGGGUAAAGGAAAAGUCACAAACGGAUGCAGGGUUACGCUGAGACGAAGAUGCAUCCAUGUUUGAACUUAGGGAGGAAAAAGCCUUUAUUCUUAAACGGCGUCACUCUAACUAUAACAGGGUUUCCCACAAUGUUACAGAUGAGAGUAAUAUCCAGUUACAAAGACAGAGAUAAAGGCGAGAAGGCCACAUUUACAUUUGUCAAUUCAUCACGAUUGAAUUGAAAUGAUAUUCUGCUUCGAUACAUAUUUGCUUGCGUUAAGCCUUUAAAAAACAGCAUUUUUUUCAAUAUCCUCAAAAUACUGCUGUCCUGCUGGCUGCACACAAACAAAAGCUCACGCUAUUUAAUCCCUUUACUCAAAUGAAGGGUUUUUAUCUUUAGGGAGAUGACAUCAAAAGCUUGAUUUGACAUUUUGAGCUUAUCUGAAAACAUCAAUAAAAGCUUUGAUGUCAAAGAAAAUCCGUCGGAUGUCGUACUUGAUUUACUUUGGGUACUAAAUCUAAAACCAGGUCAACUCUAACAUAACUGGAUCUUAGUAAUUGUCUUUUUUUUGUGAGUUACACUUGAAAUUACUGUUAAAAUUAUGUUUUGUGGGGAAAAAAUAAUGAUCUUGCCAACAUCUAGUGGCCAUCAACGGUUCUGCAUCUUAAAGCUGCCUUAUUUCAUUUAUUGUAUACAUAAUGAAUUAAUGUGAGGAUUUUGUACAGCUCUAUGCGGAUCUUCAUUGAACUAGAUCUGGUUGUAUUCCUCAUUCAGCUCAAUGGUAACUGUUCAAGAUAUGAACAUAGACUCUGAAUAAGGAAACUCCUGUCGACUCGCUAAUAUCUGUUUUGGCUCUCACCAGUCUUUCCAUAUCUGUUAUCUGCGAUCGAGAUACUUACAUGUACCUUCAUGACGCAGACGCCCAGCGCACACUCAAAGCUAAAAACCUGAAAAUAAGCUGAGAUAGAAUAAAGGGCAUCCCAAAUAAACUAAAUAAUUGUGCACAUAGAAUAAGCGCCGGAAUGAAUGAAUGAAUAUUUCACCCACAAAAAGAUCCCUUGCAUAUUAAUAUCUCACCUCCAGUCACCUUUAAUGAAUACUGUCAUGCGUCUUGAUGAACUGAAGUAAAUGGACACGUUUCAUAACAUCAAACUCUUCCACAACGUGUGCAGUAUAAUCCAAGUGUCUUUUAUCUAGCUCCCUACUUCACAAAAACACUUGCAGGAGUGUCAGGGUUAUGGUUGAAUUAUACGGUUUUAGCAACAAGUUGUACAGCUAGAUAAUGAGAAUUGGAUUAUACUGCAAGGAUUUCUUUUUAAGAUAUAAUUGUAUAAUGUUACUGUAUGUUGUUUACUCUGUCCCAUUCUUUGAUACUGUGUGUGAAUGAACUCUGAUGCAGCAGGGCUGACCCUCUGCAGAGCUACUUCUGGGUCUCAGGAGUGAAAUAGGAAACGUCUCCUGUUAGCCAGGAGAUAUGAAAACUUCAGUGAAGGCUACUCGUGUUUUAUGUUAAAAAGGAAAAGUAUGUAAUAGGUUUGAAUUGUAGUGUUAAAUAAACUGUACUUUGACUGUAGAGUCACUAAUAAAGAUGUUAGGUGCUCAGGGCAGACUGAACACUUUGUGAUAACCUUCUUUUAUAUGUGGUCAUUCAUACAUUUAUUUUACUAGAAACAAACAAUUCAUGAUGAUAACAUAUUAUAGAAUGACUUGUAGGUAAACAUUAUUAAUCAUAAUUGUAUUGUUUGUUUAUAGUAAAAUAACUUGUUUGGGGUUUUUAAUUCCAAUGGUUAUUGUAAAUGUUUUUGUUCUUGUUUUUUCCCGUGGCCUCAUUCUGAUGACUGUUGAAUAAUACCAUGAUCUCUGUCAACCUUAAGUGCUGCUUAUGUUUCUGAGAAAGCAAUACAACUUGAAAUGUUAAUAAAAUAUAUGAAGAAA